GAAACGUCAUUACGUCAAGCGUCUGCUAAAAUGGCGGCCGCCGAGAUUCAGAUCGUGAAUCCAGCAAAUUUAGCAAAAAUUGAGAGUUUUCUCAGUGAUCCUAGUUAUAAAGAAAUUAUAGAAAACUCGUCAACAUUCAAUACACGACUAUGUGCCGAAAGAAGGAUGCGUAUGCCGUUUAUAGACACCCAAACAGGCGUCGCUCAGACACACUGCAAUUUGUUUAUGAGCAGAAAGCAGCGUAUGCCGGGUCAGAAGGAGGGACAAGUUUAUACAUAUCCUGCACAGAGAUGGCGCAAAGCCCGUCGGCAGUACCUCACCAUGGCCUCCUCCCGAUGGGGCUGGAGCGGUGCAUCAGACUUCAUCAAGCCUGACAACACGGGGGAGGGUGAGAACAGUUCAGGGAUACCUGGCGAGGCACUGGUCGGGGAAGACAGCCGGGACGGAUCACAAACUGCUGCCAAGGAUGACCCUAAGGAAUGGUUCUACGACGAGCUAGCGAUGGACGAGAUAGAAGCCGGCGACGACCAGGAUGCGGAGUCUGACGAGGAUUACUUCGACGACACGUACGCGAACAGGCGUAAGCGGCGAGGAGGCGCCACGCCUACAGGUCCCGGGUCCCGAGGCGGACGCACUAGGAAAUCACAGCCGGAUGAUACACCGGCUAAGAGAGGCAGAGCGGGCCGCGGCCGCAAGCGCGCGGGUCAAGUCACACUCCCCUACGAGGUCCCCGGCGAGGGUGACAAGCCCUUCGGAUGCGAACUGUGCGGCGCGAAAUACAAAACCCGGCCGGGCCUGACGUACCACUUCACGCACACACACAAGGAGUCCGCCGGCGCGGCCACGAGCGACGGCGACUCCCGCGACAGCCACAGCCGCCCCGGCGCGCACACGCCGCCCCAGCCGCAGCCCCCCGCCACAGAGUACCAAGACAGUUACGUGACAUUCUUGAAUAAUCCCGGAGGGCCCGCUGCAGACAAACCAGCAGCGGCCACCCCCGUGCGGCGCCCCACCCCUCCCCCGCGGCCCGCCUCCGCCGACACCAGCUCCUCCGACUCCGCGCACGCGCCUCUAGUGCCGCCCGGCUCCUCCGUGCCCGAGCUCAAGCUCCUGCAGGACAGCGCCGUCAAGGCCUCCCCCUCCCCCUACUGCGACUUCUGCCUCGGGGACGACCGAGAAAACAAAAAGACGGGCACACCAGAAGAGCUCGUCUCGUGCUCCGACUGCGGACGAUCAGGUCACCCAACGUGCCUGCAGUUCACGGUGAACAUGAUCGUGUCCGUGCGCAAGUACCGCUGGCAGUGCAUCGAGUGCAAGUGCUGCUCCGUGUGCGGCACCAGCGACAACGACGACCAGCUGCUGUUCUGCGACGACUGCGACCGCGGCUACCACAUGUACUGCCUGGUGCCGCCGCUCGAGAACCCCCCCGAGGGCUCCUGGUCGUGCGCGCUCUGCAUCAAGGAGUUCCACACCAAGUGAA